AUGGGUACAGGAGCCAAAUUGACAUUCAAAUCUGUAAAGGAGCAAUGGGGAAGCCCGAACAAAGUAAUUGGAUGUGGGUACAACCCGAGCCAGAAGAAGGUCUUCUUCACAGUCGACGCACAAUUAGUACACGAAAUCCACUGCAAAACGGAUGAUUUUGGUUCACCACUUUACCCAACACUAGCCGCAAAUACUGAUGUGACCGUUUUAGUGAAUCUUGGACAGAGCCCGUUCAAAUAUUCUCCCGCCAAUUUGCAAAGGACCCCUAAUCCAUGCUUUAUUAAUGGGACCUCCUUCUCGCCCUCCUUAGGAUACGAAGACAGCAGAGAACUUUUCUCGAUGGGGAGGAUCGACUCACAAUGGCUACAAAGGAGUGUGAAUAACAACACAGUGAGUUGUAGCAUUAAGGCUAUGGAGUACGAUCAAGACUCUGAUGCUGAUUUGUUUGAGAUUGUCCUGGAUACUAAUACGGGCAAAUCUCCAUAUGCAAUACAUCAUCAAUAG